ACCAGAUGGAUGUAUAACUCAUCAAAACAAGAAAAAAUUAGAACAUAAGUCUAUGGAGAAGUUAACUCUUGUGGUAGCUUUCUUGCUUCUUGCGUCAUUCUUUCAACCUCUCACGGCUCAGUGCCCAGGAGUGAGAAGAGAUACAUUCCCGGAACUUCUUGGAGUACCAGUAAAGUUGGCUAGGGAAACAAUUCAGAAGGAAAAUCCAAGACUAAAUAUUGGAAGUUUUCUAAAUGGUUCUCCAGUUACACAAGAUUUUAGAUGUGAUCGAGUUCGUUUAUUUGUUAAUGUGUUGGAUUUUGUUGUACAAGUUCCCCGUGUUGGUUAAGGGAAAAAUGAUGUAUUCGCAUCGAGUGUAUACGUUUAUAGCUCAAGAAUAAAAAUUGAAGCUCUGUAAUUAAUGCUCCAUGCUUGUAGUCCAAUAUUUGAUGAUAAAGAAGUGUGCUUGCCUUUACAUUAAGUUAUCUUGUUCCUUGUAACUUGUAAGAUGAGUAUAUCAGUACUGCAUCAUUUUAUUUUGUUUUA